AUGUGGCGUUUGACAUGUGCAAUGUUGUUAGUGUCAGUGACAUUUUUGACAUUUAUUAAUUAUGUAUUAGCCGAGGACGAAGGCAUAAAUCCUAGUUUAUCAACUUAUAGACAUAGAAACGUGAAACACAGACGAAGAUACGUUUCGCACAAUGAAUCGAAUUAUAACACAGAAAGUCCACAAGCAGCAACCCCUUUCGGAAUUACGGAAGUGACAAGGUUGCGCUCCCCUGGACCAGGGGAUGCUUCCGGGCUUAAUCGAAUAUCCGAGCGAUUAUCCGCUUUGACCGCUUUGGAUGAACAACAAUUAAAACGGCUCGAAAAUUUAGAAUACAAGCUGACAAAACUUGAGGUACAAUCAACAGAUAAAUUAGAAUCAGUUAGAAGCGAAUUGAGAGAUAUUGCUCGCAGAUGGCAACAGCAAGAAUGGCAAAGUUCGCGUACCGAUUCCGCCCUGGAUGCUCUCAGAACGGAUUUGUCAUUUCUUAGACAAAUUGCUGAAAUAAGGCCACAAAAUCCAACUGUUGGAGAAGUGGGACAAAUUAAUCAGGAUAUUGUAAAUGAUCUUCAAUCGCUUCGUGCGGAAGUGGCUACAUUGAGAAAGGAAGCACUUGCUACCAAAACAGAAUUAUAUAAAAUCAGAGCAAAUGUAUCCAAAAUUGCUGGACAAACUACAGACAUGACUCGUGAUUCACAAAAUUAUAUAACGAAGCAAUAUUUCAAUUCCGCUAUGCAGAAUCUCAAGCAAUCUCUGAGACAUUAUGAUAUGGCUAUGAAAGCGACUUAUAGAGAUUCAGGUAACAAUCGGCCUUCGAUAGAUGGAAAUACUGAUAAUAUACCUGUUGAUUGCUGGGAAGCUUAUAAAUCUGGAGCUGCCAACAUAUCUGGCCCAUACCGCAUUCGGCCUGUGGGAGCCGAUAGGCCGUUAUUUGCUUAUUGUGAUCAAGAACGAUGGGGCGGCGGUUGGACGGUGCUGCAAACAAGAUUCGAUGGAUCUACCGAUUUUUAUAGACCUUAUCAAGAUUAUGUUCAUGGAUUUGGGAACGUUGCUGGUGAACAUUGGUUGGGAUUGGAAACUGCACAUUUGCUAACAAGCAAUGGAUUAUAUGAAUUGCUAAUAGAUCUGCAAGAUUUUGAUGAAAUAUGGACGUACGCAUAUUACAAGUCAUUCUCGAUCGGGCCAGAAGCUCAAUCAUACCCCAUAAACGUUCUUGGUGCCUACUAUGGAGACGCAGGCGAUUCGUUAGCAUAUCAAGCUGGUCAUAAAUUCUCGGCUCAUGAUCUGGAUAACGACAACUGGCCUGAAGGUAGCUGUGCACAAGCACAUCACGGUGCAUGGUGGUAUCACGCAUGUGAACAAAGCAAUCUGAAUGGGUUAUACUUAUCGGGACAAAUUCCUGAAGAUGUUAGCAAUCAAGGCAUGUACUGGUAUGAGUUCCAUGGACCCGGCUACUCUUUGAAAGCAUCGCGAAUGAUGAUCAGACCGGCGGGCGCAAGAACUGACUUUAAAAAUAAGACAGCCAUGAAUCCGAAAACGAAAUCAGAUGCAAGGCAGGCUCCGAAUGCUAGUUCUGAUUUGAGCGACUAUGAAUAAUUGUAAACCAUAUCUAGACAUAACUUUGAUUGAUCUUAU